CGGGCGGGACCCAGGCUGGACCGCGGGCCCCGGCCUGGGGGCCACAGCUGCCACCGCCGCCGCCACCUCGUCUCCUCCCCGUCCCCGCCCCGCCCCGCGUCUCCUCGUCUCACUCGGGCCCGCGGCCGGGGUCCCUCCCCGCCGCCCUACCCCGCGCAGAUGCCGAAGGUGAAAGCGCUGCAAUGCGCCCUGGCGCUGGAGAUCCGCUCUGUAACUUGUCCAGGAGUGGUGCUGAAAGACAAGGAGGACAUCUAUCUUAGCAUCUGUGUGUUUGGCCAAUACAAAAAGACACAAUGUGUCCCAGCCAAUUUUCCACUGGUCUUCAAUGCCAGAAUGGUGUUUGAAAAGGUGUUCCCUGAAGCAGUUGACCCUGGAGAUGUGGUUGCACAGCUUGAAUAUGAUACAGCAUUGUUUGAGUUGAUUCAACUAGUUCCACCAGUGGGUGAAACACUGUCUACAUAUGAUGAAAAUACACGAGAUUUCAUGUUCCCGGGUCCAAACCAAAUUUCUGGACACCAUGAUUCAAACCGCCAGGUUACCAUGAGGAGGAUUUCUGGCCUUCGAGGAAUUGCUCCAAAGCUGGAAUUUUCUACAACCUCAGUGAUUACUGAAUGUCUGAUAAGUUCAAGGAAGUGCCGCACUCAGGAUAAAUUUAUUUACCAUACGGCUCCAGUUGAAAAAUCACAUGGCAGACUGCAGACCAGAACAUCAAGAUCACAAAAGAAAAAAUCCAAGUCACCUGAGAGAAAUAAAUAUUGCAUAAAUGCAAAAAACUACGAACAGCCUACCAUUUCUUCAAAAUCACACUCUCCAUCUCCCUACACAAAAAGACGCAUGUGUGAGCUAUCUGAAGACACCAGGCGGCGGCUGGCCCAUUUAAAUCUGGGACCCUAUGAAUUCAAAAAAGAAACAGAUAAACCUCCAUUUGUGAUUAGACAUGUCGACCCCCCAAGUCCCAGGGCUGAUGCUUUAUUUGGAUCUUCUGGCAGAGACUGUGAAAGAGAUGGAUGGUCCAGGAUGCACAACGAUCAUGCUCAUCUUGGCUGCUACCGACCCAAGGAUUAUAAGGUUAUCAGGACACCCCAUGGGAGAGACUUUGAUGAGUCUUUGGAAAGGUGUGAUGAGUACUUAAGCUCACGGUCAUGUAGCAAGCCCCAGCAUUCAGCAAGGACCUUACUCGUCCAUUCAGCACCCUCAACGAUGCCAAAGCAUUCUCCCAGCCCUGUGUUAAAUCGAGCUUCUCUCAGGGAAAGAUUCCAUUCUGAUUGGUGUUCACCUUCAAACUGCGAUGAGAUCCAUGACCGGGUAAAAAAUGUCUUGAAAUCACAUCAGGCUCAUCAAAGACAUUUAUAUGAUGAGAGAGAUCCAGAGAAAGAAGAUGAACUGGAACUGAAAAGAGGUCUUUUAUACAGAGACUCUGCCUAUGACAGUGACCCAGAGUAUAGCUCAUUUCAGCGGCCACGCGGCACUCUCCAUUUGGAUGAUGGUGAAUACUGGUCUAACAGGGCAGCCUCUUAUAAAGGGAAAUCCCACCGACCCAUCUUUGAGAACAGCAUGGACAAGAUAUACAGGAACUUGUACAAAAAGGCCUGUAGUUCUGUUUCUCAUACACAGGAAAGCUUCUGAGACCAUCCAUGAUAAACUGUAUAUGGGUGUCUGUGUCAACUUCUCAAUGAAAACGUUUGAUGUGAUCAAUAUCUGUAUUCUUUUUUUUUAAACAGGUGGUUCUGAAUAGUUGGAUGUGAAUAAGUUUAUUGCUUCAAAUGGUCAAUUAUCACAGGCAGUCCUUUUAUUUUUAAUUACAGAAGAGAGUGCUCUGUUCUAAAAGUCAAAGCUCUGCACCGUAAUCACAGCUUCCAAUCUGAUUAUGAGAAGAAUGUUCUGCCACGUAUAGCUCAUAUCUCCAUCUACAAAUCCCAGAAUAGAUUCUCUCUGGAAAUGGUCUGCCUUAAUCACCUUGUGAUUUUCUUUUCAUUUGCUUGAUUGGUUAUCUUGUCUAAGAUUAAUAUGGACUCCUUUUUCUUGGUAAUGAGCAAAAAAGAAAUAUUAUACAGAAAUUAGUUUCCUAAGUUUAAAACCCAGAUUUUACUAGUAUUUUCUACUUAGUUCUCCUCCCCAAAAAAGGCUCCUGUACUUCUUAGCUAAUAAGAAAUAGGGUUUUUUUUAAGUUUAUAUAAUCAUUCACUUACUCUUCUUUAAAAGAACUAAGUUACCUACAAUACGGUCAGCUAGAAAUAGCAGUGGCCAUGUGUGACCCAAAAUGUGAAUAACUGAUUUUUAAAAAUAGAGUUCUUUGCAUGAUUUUCUUUUAAGGUCCUAUCUCUUGGUGCAACCAGAUUCAGAAGAUAGCUUUUGUUAGCACGUAGAAACUCAGAAAGAAUAAAAGGAUUAUAUUGUAUUUUAAAACUCUUUAGAGUUUUCAUAGGUACCAAGUGAGCCAGGAAAGUAGUAUCUUUACCUAAAGGACACUUUAAACCAUAAAGGGGAGUAAAAUCUUAUACAGAAUGCUUUGUACUGGAAAAUCCGGUAGUUGAUAAAAUUAGCUCCUCUCUACGUGCCUUAUCCACCCCUGUGAGGCCAGUGAGUCUUUGAAGAUAUGAAGAAAUUGGUCACCUCGUAUUUAUCAGAGUAAGUGGAGGGAAAGUAGAGAAUAGAAAAUAAGUAAACUUGACUGACAAGCUCGAAGGGUUGACUAUACGGUACUGUUCUCUCACUGACUCUACCUAUGGUUAGUUUUACAGUUAUGAUUUAAAAAAGAAAAAACUGAACUCCAUUAAGUUUAAAUUAACAUGUAAAAUUGAGUGAUUUGUUUUGUAUUAUGAGAAAAUAUAUAACAUUUGUUAUAUAAUAAUAGGAUUUUUAAACUUCAUGUUUAGAGUGUUCUGGCAUGGCAAUCAGUGAUGUAUGGGAAAGUACACCAGAGAAAGGGGCCAGGAGGCCUAGGCUUUAUUCCAUCCUGCCAUUCUUCUGCUGAGUCUCUUUAAUUCUCUGGGCCCAACUGUCCUCAGCUAUCAAAUGAAGAGAAUGAAGCGGAUCAGCAUUUCUUGAACUGUUUUCCGUGGACUUCUAGUCUAAGAGAUGGCUGUAGGCAUGUAGAUACAGGUGUUUCAUUAGUCAUAUAAGCUGAGGAGACUCUCUACACUAGAUUCACACUCCCCAACUUAAAGAGUCAUAGGUAGGAAGGCAGGAGUGAAAGGCAGUGCUAUUGAUACUGGAACAGCCAUUCCAGACAGAGCUGUCCGGGCAAACUAGCAUGUAUGGCUAAUAGAGUAAACACUGGCCUGUUGGAGGCACUAAAAUAUCCUGGCAUAACCCUCUUUCAUUCUAGCAUCUGGUCUGGAGUCUGACACAUAAUUAGUUCUCAUUAAAUAUUUUUUGAAUUAGCCCAGAAUUUCCUAAGUGGGCAUGUAGCAGUAUUUGUCAUUAUGGCAAUCCUUCCCCACCCAUCCCACCCCCUCAGCUCCCCACACUCCCUUUCAAUUAUGCCGUCCUCAGGCCCAUGUAGGCACUGUCAGGGAAGUGGUACACUACACAAUCACAGAGUUACCCCCGGGCUGUAAGUUGUAGGAUGGCGUUUUGUACAAUGAGCUUUUGAAGGUCAGCAAUGAUUAAUCCUUUUUUUUUUUUUUAACACAAAAAAUAUCAUCAGUGAAACUUAGUAUGUUUUGAUUUUGUUUUUGUUUUACAUGUGGAAACAAAUGAAAAACUUCCAUUUAAAAGGUCCCGCUUGGUGAAAAGAACAAAUACGAACUUCAAAGAAAAUUUCACUUUCAUAGAAAAUCUCCCAAGUGAAUAACUACAUCAAAAGUUACCUAUUACACCUAUUUCUGCCAUCGGCUAUAGAAAGACCACAAAAAAUUAGGUCUCAAAGGGGAACUUAAGAAUAUGAUAUUCUGAAAGAUAUUCUCCUAUGGAUUACAUUUGAUUUCUCUCUGAAGGAUCAGAUGAAAAUUUCCAGAUAUAUCUAGUGUCUUAGCUAAGUAUCUAUUUCUAUUUCCUGGGGGAAGGAGUAGUCUUUGUUACUCUCCCUAACUAUUACUAUGAAUUCUUAUGUUAAAUUAUUUUUAAGGAAUAAAACCUUUAAAUACUAAUAGUUGUCUUUUCUCAUUGUAAGAAGCAGAAAGAUACAGUUAUUUCCUUAACCUUUUAAAAAUAUUUCUUAUAAUCUAGUAAUAGUCAUUGGAUUUAAUAUGAAAGAUAAAUUGAUCUUACUUCUUCCUUUUCAGGUAAUUUUUGUCCUUUAAAUAAAAAGAAAAAAAGCCCUGGGAAUUUCAGGAAGAAAGAUGUCAAUUCAACUUAGAAAAAAGAUUUGUGAUUUGACAAAGAGUGAAGUCUUCAUGGUCCCACUAUUAGCUAUACAAUCUUGUUCAAGUCAUUUAUCCUUCUUGGAGCUAAGUUUUCUUAUCUAUAAGGUGAUGAAGGGGUUAAUUUAGAAGAAGCUUUUAAUGUUCCAAUAUUGCUAUAAUUGUGUAAUUGAUUAACAUGGAAGAUAAAUAAGUUCUAGGCUGCAGAGCUGUAUUGUAACUUCAAAGAUUAAUCCCCUGAUUAAAAAUCUGGAGCAGA